AUGGCUUCUUUCGAAGAGUUAGCGCUCAACUGUGCUCUCAAUUUGGAACAGGCCGAGCUGCGAGAUGCCGUCGCUAGGAAGGAGAAGAUCAACCGGGCAACAUCCGCAAUUCUAGGAGUCGUUCCUGCUUUUUCAAUUGUUGCAUUCCUCGCUUGCAUAGUGCUAUGCCUGCUGACCAUUUUCGCAUUGGUCAAAAGACGACUCCCUUCCAGAAAAUACAGUGUGGUGCUCAGUCGAACGGUGGCCGAUGUGUUCUCCUGUUCCCUAUUCUGUGCCGCCUCAUUCAUGGCUAACGAAAAUUCUGCCUCUUACGCUAUCCUCGCCCUCUUCCUCUGUGCGGCCACGUUCGGAUUCAUCCACCUGAGCCUUUCACAUCUUCUCGUUAUUGUUUUGAGACAGCUGAGCGUCACUCGUCCCUAUGGCUUUCAAACCCUCUGCACUAUUCGUCGCGUGAGCACAGCAGUAGCUCUUAUUUGGUUGGUUUCCAUAUUAUAUGCGGCAGCCUUCGCACCUCUCACUACCGUUGUACUUGACCCUGCGAAGAGCAAAGAUGUCUGCAGCUACGGUAGUUGUGAACGACCUCUUCUGAUUGUGGCGAUUUGUGUGAUUGGUGCCUUCAUUCUAAUCGUGCCAGGUUGCUACUGUGCUGUCCUGUACAAGCUCAAGUCGAUCGCAUACAGCGAGAAAAUGCACAACGAACCGGAGAUCACGAAGAAGAAAAUGUACAAAUUCUUCUACUUCGGAGCUCAUCUCGGCUUGUAUGCGCUCAUUUCAGCGCUGAUCCUUGUCGGAGCCGCCAUCAUCCUUCACAAUGUUUGGUUGUACAACACCAUCAGGAGUUCAAUGCACAAGGAUUGUGAUGUCGUUGGAUACAUAGACACGUUGAUUCGUCUGGAAACUCUAUCCGGAGGUGCAGUUCUGCUUUGGCUUGUCCGAAUUGUGUUCGACAUUGUGAUCGCUAUUCUAGCGGACUAUCAACGUUUACUCCCAUGGUUGGCAUCAAGCAAUCUUGAACCUUUGAGGGAGAAUCAAGUCCAGGUGAUCUCUCGAGCGAGUCCUCUACAGUGGCAAAAGAAUUGCUUCAAUUGCCCAGUGUUCAACAUUGAUGGGAAAUUACAUCCAUGGGAUUUCAAGAACUAA